CCGACACCCACCACAUCCAGCCAAUGGCCUCCUCACCAGCCGACCAAGCUUCAAGCUCAUGCAAGCUCAGCACGAUCGAGGAAGCCCUCGAAAGCUUCCGGAACGGGGAAUGUCUAGUGGUCGUCGACGAUCUCGAGCGGGAGAACGAGGGAGAUCUGGUCGUUGCGGCGGCCAAGAUCACGACAGAGAUGAUGGCCUGGAUUAUCAAGCAUUCUAGCGGGUAUGUCUGCAUCGCUCUUCCCGGCGAGCGGCUGGACCAACUUGAAAUCCCCUUGAUGAUCGAAACCAAUACGGAGAAGCACAAGACCGCAUAUACUCACACAGUUGACUACAAGCACAAUAUCGCAACCGGAAUCUCCGCCCAUGACAGGGCGUUGACUGCCUCCAAACUAAGUGACCCAUCGAGUCGACCUGAGGACUUCACUCGGCCGGGACACAUGGUUCCUCUACGAGCUAGAGAAGGUGGGGUUUUGACUAGAAGAGGGCACACGGAAGCAGCGAUUGACCUUUGCAGACUAGCUGGACUACCCGCGGCAGGUCUUAUAUGUGAGCUGGUGAAGCCGGAUUGCCCUUUGGGCUCGAUGGCCCGUCGCGACGAUUGCGCACAGUUUGCGAGCCAGUGGAAUUUAAAGAUGAUCAGUAUUGAAGAUCUUGUGCAAUAUCGGCGAAGGCAGCUUGAGAGCUAAUCCAAAUUAAAAUUUUGAUAUUGUCAUGCUUAACAAAUUUUGUGUACCUAAAGAGAUAGAGAGACAUUAGAAGCAUAUGCAUACAUACAGAAGUCUGCAUUACCCCACACAUCUUGGGUAGUAGGUUUCGGUAUUGGUCGAAUGACAAUAAAAUCUCCACUGAC